GCGUCAUGAGUUAGGUUAUUUUGCCAUGAUUACUCCGCAGUGCACCAAACACAACCACAAGCACAACCAUGAGAUAUACACACACACAUCACCGAUGCUGUCAUGAAUUGUUACCUCCCAAUUUUGCGGUCUUAUCGUGGCCAAAGUGUUUACAAUCCCAAAUCGUUUCUUAGAUGCGCCAGUCUCAAUCGUUAUCCCUCCCCUUCGGCCCAUAAAUGGUCCCACCCUCCAAGCCCAACCGUCAUCGCAGACAAUGAAAUUGCAAGGCUCGCCAGCAAGCCAUUGCACACGUUAAGUCUGGAAGAUCUAGUGAAGCAUGGCCAACCUCCACUAUCAACAGCAGCAUUGUUCUCAUCCGCAAGCUUCACUCUCGAUCUCCUCCCAAACCGUCUUGCGCACCGGAUACAGGCUCUGCGUAACCUGCCUUUCAUAGUCGUCUCCAAUCCGAAUAUCUCCAGGAUUUACAAUAAUUACCUCCAUUCAUUGUCAACGCUGUUGCCAUACAAAACCAUAUCUACGUUGGAAGAUGAAGUAAGAUUCACGGAGGUACUGGCAGACCUUGUCGAAACACAUUCGCAUACUAUUCCGACUCUUGCCAGAGGGUUUCUUGAAUGCAGGAAAUACAUAAGCCCGACCGAGGUAACACGAUUUUUGGAUGAGCAUCUUCGUGCUCGGAUAGGCACACGAUUAAUUGCAGAGCAACACAUCGCACUACACCUCUCAUCUCAAGCACAUCAAGGAACGCUUUCUGAAGCUGAUACCGGCAAUCCGUCAUCCUACAUCGGUGUUAUAGAUACUGCACUGAAUCCAGCGUCAAUAGUGAAUUCAUGUGGCAAUUUUGUCUCGGAAAUCUGCGAGCUCAAAUACGGGGUCAGGCCAAGUUGGAUUAUCGAUGGAGAGCCGGAGACAACAUUUGCAUUCGUACCAGUGCACUUGGAAUAUAUAAUUACUGAACUACUGAAAAACGCAUUCCGUGCGACCGUCGAAUCUGGAAGAUCGAACGAACCAAUAGUCAUAACGAUAGCUGCAGAGCCAGAGCUCUCCAACGUAAAUAAUCCACAGAGCAUGUCUAGUCCAGGUAUAGCUCUAGAUGACAGCCCUUCCAUCAAGCCAUUCGAGGAUUCCGCUCCUGGUGUGACCAUUCGUAUUCGAGACCGGGGAGGUGGAAUUAGCCCUGAAGUGUUACCAAAUGUAUGGUCAUAUUCAUUCACAACAUUCUCAGAAGAAGACGAAUUACCUGGGCAAAGCCACAGCAAUGGGAACAUGGAUGCUUUGAAUGUUUUGUCGGGUGCUGGAGGUGAGAGUAGCUCGAUCGCUGGGCUAGGUUACGGGCUACCACUUGGGAGAGCAUACGCUGAAUACUUUGGAGGUGGCAUUGAAAUUCAGUCACUUUAUGGAUGGGGCUGCGAUGUUUAUUUACGACUUAAAGGCCUGGGUAGACCCAAAGGCUAAGGAACCCAUCGCAUGGUUGCAGAAAUAUAGCCGUGGGUGGCAAAUGGAUCCUUUUCAUGGAUAUAAUCAAAUUCUGCCAUUUCCCGUCAACUGAAACCAUAGUCGUGAAAUCCCAUCCAAUUGUUUUUUGAGGUGUGGUACAAGUAUAGAAGCGGAGUUCAUUAACAGGGCUAUGGAGUACCUGGAUAACCA